AUGGCCAAUCAAGGAUUCUUAAAACAAAAAGCCGGUUUUGCCACUCUUGCAAUUCAUGCUGGACAAGACCCGGAAAAAUGGAACUCUGCAGCAGUUGUUCCACCUAUAGUAACAUCUACUACGUUUAAACAACCUGCACCAGCAGAACAUACGGGUUUUGAAUAUGGUAGAUCAGGAAACCCCACUAGAAAUACUUUAGAAGAAUGUCUGGCUGCACUUGAUGGAGGGAAACAUGCUUUAACUUUUGCUUCAGGUUUAGGAGCUACAACAACUGUAAUUUCAUUGCUAAGUAGUGGUGACCACAUUGUAUCUUGUGAUGAUGUGUAUGGGGGUACAAAUAGACUAUUCAGAAAAGUGUUGGAAAGACUGAAUGUUGAGACCACUUUUACUGAUUUUACAAAUCCUGAGGAUAUUAAAGAUGCCAUUAAAGAAAAUACAAAGAUGAUUUGGAUCGAAACACCUACAAACCCACUGCUUAAAAUCGUUGAUAUCGCGGCUAUUGUGGCAAUUGCAAAAAGUUGCGGAAACAUUUUGGUUGUUGUUGACAAUACAUUUUUGACGCCGUACCUACAAAGACCGUUGGAUUUCGGUGCUGACAUUGUGCUCUAUUCCUUGACAAAAUACAUGAAUGGGCAUUCAGAUGUUAUAAUGGGAGCUACUGUAGUUAAUGAUGAUACUUUGGAAGAGAAACUUCGGUUUUUGCAAAAUGCUAUGGGAGUAGUGCCAUCACCAAUAGACUGUUAUUUAGUCAAUAGAAGCUUAAAGACUUUAGCUCUACGUAUGGAACAACAUCUGAAGUCCUCGUACAUCAUAGCUAAAUGGCUUGAAAACCAUCCUAAGGUUACGGAAGUUUUACACCCCGGUUUGCUCUCUCAUCCACAGCAUGAAAUAGCAAAAAAGCAGAUGUCGGGACAUUCGGGCGUAUUUAGUUUUAAACACAGCGGCGGUUUAGAAGAGUCUAGAAAAUUUUUGAGCUCUCUUAAAGUUUUUAUUCUAGCCGAAAGUUUAGGCGGAUACGAAAGCUUAGCAGAGUUGCCAUCGGUGAUGACCCACGCAUCUGUACCUGAAAAGCAAAGAGCUGAACUUGGAAUCACAGAUUCACUGAUUAGAUUGUCGGUGGGGCUGGAAGAUACGGAGGAUCUGAUUGAAGAUUUGGAUCAAGCUUUUAAAACUGCAUUUUAA